AUGAAUGCAGAUAAGCACAUAAUGAGUCUAACACCACUGAUCGAUCCAGUUAUCUGUGGUUGUAGCUGUAUGACCUUUUAUGGUCAGGGGCUGAAAUAUUGGGACCGUGUGAUCCUUUUCUACAUGCGUUUACUCAAGGAUUGGCAGAUUGCUACUCUGGCUUUACUCCUUGGUGGUGCUGCCAUCAUUCUCAUUGCCUUCCUGGUGGGUUUGAUUUCCAUCUGCGUGGGAUCUCGAAGGCGCUUCUACAGACCUGUUGCUGUCAUGCUUUUUGCAGCAGUUGUUCUGCAGGUCUGCAGCCUGGUCCUUUACCCAAUCAAGUUCAUUGAAACUGUGAGCUUGAAAAUUUACCACGAGUUCAAUUGGGGUUAUGGCCUGGCCUGGGGUGCAACUAUAUUUUCAUUUGGGGGUGCCAUCCUAUAUUGCCUGAACCCUAAGAACUAUGAAGACUACUACUAAAACCAAGUCUCAAUACACACAUAUGCACGUGCGCACGCAUGCGGGCGCACGCGCACACACACACACACACACACACACACACACACACACACACACACAGAAACCAAUCAUCCAACAAAAGAGAUUUAUGUCGGCAUCUUUUCUAACACUGUUUUCUAAAACACUAGUGGAGCAUCAAGCAGUUUGCUAAGUUGAUUUAAUGUCCUUUGCCUUUUGGCCAUCAACAUCAUAACUGCACAAAUAAAGAUGCUGAUUAGAUGUAGGCACAUGCUUCAAACUACCAAUAUGCUCAUGCCAUUUUUCUUAUCAAGUAAAGGGUCUGUAUGAUAGCAACCAUUGUAAGAAACUCGUUGGAAUGAAAUUUGUCAGAAUCUCUUAUUGACUGCAGGGGAGCAGCUGGCAUAGGAAACAUUUAAAAGUUCCUUUGCCCUGGCAGAAAUUCUACUGUUGGAGCCCAUAUCACCUGUGUAUACCACACAGUGACUACAUGGGUUAUUGGUUACUUGCUUGAGUGAGCUUUUUAAAGCAAAACUGCCUUUUGGCCAUCAAAUGAUAAUCAAAGACAUAACUGGUAAUUCUACCUUUAGGGAUGUUUUUGUAAAUGGCAAGCUAUAGUUUGCCAAUAAGGAAGUCUAAGUUUGGAGAUAUGUUUUUCAUUAUGUAGUACUGAAAUUGUGCCUCUUUCUCCUCCAGAAUGGGGCAAAAUGAGAGCAUCUGUAUUCCCCAGGGCAAUCAGGAAGAAAUGUACAGGGGUUGCUUUUGUACCCUUUAAAUCAUUUACCUAAAUUUGCAGCAAACAAUUGUGCAUAUGUAACAAGCUUAUUUUUCUAGACUGUGAGCCAUUAGUAUAAAUGGUAAUAAGUUUAUUAAUCCUCCACAUACAUGUUCCUAUCAUGCAUAUAAUCAAUACUUGCUCUAGUGAAGAUAUUUGAACACUAACCUUGUGUGCAUUAAGAGGCUUAGAUCAGUAUUCACAGUUAUUUACCAUACAAAAGUUCAUAUACCUUAAAGGUUUUGCUCUAUGUUCUCCAUUGAAUCACUGGAAAGUGUUAAUAGAAUUGCCUAAGAAGAAAAAUUGAAAUGCUGUUAAUCUGAAAUUUAAUGAUUCUUUUAUAAGCACUGUAGUUUAAAAGAAAGUAGGAAUUAGGAUGAUCACUUUGUGUAAAAUUCAUUAAAAUACAAGGCUGCUAUUUUUGGAAGUAUUUUAAAUGUCUUCAUUUUAAAAGAACACAAUAGUGAUAGAUUUCUAUAAAUGUCUAAUGUCUCUGUAGAUGUGUAGAAUGUAUGCAAUUGUCACCUGGUCCUCUGAAGUUAACUGAUGGGCUAACUGAUUUGUGCACACAAGUAUGAUGAAUUUAUGUUAGGGAAAUCAUUCACUGAUUCUACCAAGGGAAGAAAAUAUCAACAUUAGGGAAAAAGUUUGCAAUUAAUUUCCUACUGCAAACUUGUGUUCAUUCCGUUUAUUAUACAAAUCUGGGUAGUUUAAGUGUAAACCUAUUUUUAUAUAAAAUAUACAAUUCUGAUAUGAAAGUUAUAAAUGAUUAUUUUUGUUAACAGAGACACUAAAACAAGUAUGCUCUCUUGUGACCCUCAUGAAGAAAGAAGCAUUGGGGACAAAAACUUUAAAAUGUACCUAUUUGCUAAUAUAUUAUAUAAUCCAAUAAGAGCAGGACAAUAGAUUUCAAAAAUUUGCUUUACCUCCCAGAGCAGACUUCUGCUUUCAGCUUAAGAAGGUUACCAGAAACAAUAGUCUUUCCCUGCCCCCAAAGGACUUUAUUCAAAUGCCAAAAUCAAUUGUGAAGUUUGUGUGGAAUCAGAAAGUAAAUAUGAAUACCUUAGUCAUAGGUAUUUUAGUAGUGAUAAACAAAAGUUAUUAAAUGCAUCAUAGAGAUCAAACUUUAUGAAAGUGUGUAAUUCAAUCAAGCAUCAUAAGGAAAUGAAUGGAAAAUUUCCAGAUGGCUAUUAGUGUUGUAGAAUAUUUUGAAAUAGCUUUCUUAAAUUCAUAAAAUCUGGGGCAGACUCUUAUAAAGUUCCUUGCAUAUUGUCAGAACAGUAUGAGGAAUAUGAUAUUUGGAUAGGGAUUUCAACUACUGACCAUGGUCUGUUUUGAGAUGAUCUCUUUAUUCUUGAAUAAUGGAAGAUCAGUACUAUGGUGCUGGCACCAAUGAGGCUUGUUAGAGGAUACAGUGUGCAGUCGGAUGAGUGUCAUAUUUAGAGUAUUAUUGAAGUGUCAUUCUCUGUCCACAUGACAAGCCAAAAGGUGACAGAAUAUGUUACAGGUUGAAGCACACAUAUUUGUACUCUACUGAAAAGUAGAUUUCUUCUUUAAUUUUAACGAGCCCUACACAAUAUUUUUACCAUGACUAGUAUUUGGAACUUUUUCAUUGCUAGCAAAGCUUAGCAGAAAAUUGUUUUUCAUCCAAAGCAGUAUUGUGUCUAUCAGAAUAAACACAAGUGACAAUUUCAGCUAUAGUAGCAUCAUGUCUUUGUAGCUUUAGGUUUGUUUGGUAUUUUCUUAAGCAGAAUUGUUAAUCAGAACCCAUGGUUUAUCUUAGAAAGAUAAUAUACAGAGACAGAGAGAGAGAGAGAUAUCAUAAAAGUAUUCAGCAGGGCUAGUUAUUCAGAUUUCUUGCACAAGUAUUUAGCUUUUUGUAAGGUCAACAUGUAAAUUUUAAAGACAAAUAUAGAGAGACUUAUGUGUUUGAAAUAUAAAUGAUAUAUAUGGAUUAGCAUGUACCUGUAUAUUAUUAAACACACAGUAAACUGACUGGUGAGUGUCUAAUUGUAUUGCUAGCAAUGUAAUUUAUUCAGACUGUAUUUUUGUACAGAGCAGUGCACACUAACCUAUGCCUCUGUGUCCUCCUUAAUGCCUAAAACUGUGCCUAGAAAUUUCAUCUGUCUUACAGAAAAUAAAAUGUACUCCAUGCUGUUUUAUGCUAUUAGUUCCUCUCCUACUAGUCUGUAUUUAUUAUUUUUAAAUAUCUGACAUGUUUACUACAUAAAUAUGACUUUAUGGUAUUCUGGUUCCUUUUUUGUUUUGUUAACAGUCAUCUGGUGAAACCUUUUUUUCACUCCAGUGAUUCUUGAAUGUGCAGUCCCAUGAUCAUUUCUUCAUUUCAUGAUUUUUGUAGUUGACCUGAAGUUAUCUAUG